ACCUCAUCUCAUAAUCUUAUAAAUAUCAUAUUAUGAUAAUCAUGAUCAUCUAUGUAUGUACAUACCAUACAGUCCAUACAUCCACCACCAACCAAUCCAUUCCAUUUCCUCUUCUUAUAUAUUCCCAACCUGUGCCUCCAUUUCAUUCCUUCAAAAACGAUUCCAGUAACUAAACAUAUUCUCUAAUAGGUUCUCUAGCUGUUUGGCUAACAAAUGGGUGCUGAGCAGAAAGAUGUUGCAAAGGGUGAUGCAGAGAAGAAACCUGCUGCCGAUGCUGGCGCCGCCGGUGAUAAGAAAGAUGACGCCAAGGUCAUCUCCGUUUAUAAGAUAGACAUGCAUUGCGAGGGCUGUGCCAAGAAAAUUAGACGCGCAGUUAGACGGUUAGAAGGUGUGGAAGCCGUGAAGACAGAUUGUGAAGGAAACAAACUGACGGUGACCGGGAAAGUAGACCCGGCGAAUGUGAAGGCGAGAGUGGAAGAGAAAACCAAGAAGAAAGUGGAGAUUGUGUCUCCUCAGCCUAAGAAAGACGGCGGCGAUAAGAAACCAGAGGAAAAAGCAGAGAAGAAACCGGAGGAGAAAAAACCAGAGGAGAAGAAACCGCCCAAAGAGAGUACGGUCGUUUUGAAAAUCAGAGAACACUGCGAUGGUUGCAUUCCAAAUAUAAAGGAGACAAUCUUGAAAUACAAAGGGGUUGAUAACGUGACAGUGGACGGAACAAAAGAUCUAGUCACGGUGAAAGGGACAAUGAAAGUGAAGGAAAUGGUGCCUUACCUCAAGGAGAAGCUCAAGAGGAACGUGGAGGUAGUUCCCCCUAAGAAAGAUGAAGAGAAGAAGGAAGGAGGCGGCGAGAAGAAAGAAGAAGCAAAGGCCGAGAAGAAAGAAGAAGCUAAAGCUGAAAAGAAAGAAGGAGACGGUGGCAAGAAGGAAGAGGCUGCAGCUAAGGUGGAGGUGAGCAAGUUGGAGUACUUCCCAGCACCGGUGCCGACACAAUGGUUAGAUGGAGUGUUUGGUCAAAGUUACGCAGUGGAGCCCCAACACGGUUAUUAUGCGGUGAAUCAAGGACUAGGGUACCCUAUGAUGAACCAUGGGUACCCUAUGAUGAACCAUGGGUACGUACAACAAGGAUAUGUACAGCAGGGGUAUGUUAUGGAACCAGUAUACCACCAUCCAAUGCAUGCGCCGCAAAUAUUCAGCGACGAGAAUCCAAAUUCGUGUUCCGUGAUGUGAACAGAGGAUAAUCGACGGUGGAUAAUGGACGGACGGUGAUGUAAAUAAGUACAAGUGACAGAGAGAGUGAGAGAGAGAGAAAAGUACAAAUGGACGGAGUAAAACGUUGAAGUACUUGUAAUUAGGGUAGAAUUUGUUUAGGUUAGUAAUUACAUAAUGGUGUACCCGGCCGGCAAUUAAUGCCGGUUCAGUUGGUUGGUUUGUUUCCUUUGUUCUUUAAUCAUUUUACUAAUGAUGAUUUAAAAAUAAAUAAAUAAAGUUGUCCUAUAAUAAUAUUCAUCCAA